GCGACGGCCAUCGUUCUUAAAACACAAUAAAUUAAAUUUGCAAUGUUGAAUUCGGCAUAUAUUUCAAUGUUUUUGACUUUGAAAUGCAACGAAAUUGAGUUUGGAAAACGAAAUAUUCAAUGCCAAUAUCUAAAUGAUGCGAUUCGUAAUUAAUUAGUCACUUCCAAUUGGAAGAUAUACGAGAAUGUAUUAGCUUAUGCUCACAAUUUACACAAUGAAUUUUAACCACUCCUGGAAUGGAAAUAGGGGUAGAAAUCGUGGCAAUAGGGGCUCUACACGAAAUUGGAGAGGUGGACACUAUAGAGGGGGAUCACAUUUUCAUCGUGGUGCUCCUCCACUGUUAAAUUCGGAUAAUUAUUAUAGCCCUAAUCGAUUCCGUGGACACGAAAACUUCUCUAAUUAUUAUCCACAUUUGCCUAUUGGUCAAAAUGAACAAUGGGCUCCAAGGAGUAGACCUCCGCUUCUGGUCAAUCCACGACAGUCGAUUCCACAUAACUCGCAUUUUCAACAUCAGAACCCCCCCAGAUCGCUAUCACCACUACCCGGUUCGGAAGAGUAUAUGGAGCGAAACAUAAGUGAAAAGAGUGCAUUAUUAAAACGUGAACUUGAACUCGAAGGCUCUGGUUCAAUUACUGACAGUGUGAGACCGUUACAAUCAGUGAAUAGUGACUUCCAAACUGAUAGUGCAAAUAACAACUUUUUCGAAAACACAUAUCCGAGGGAAUGUGAUGAAGAUAAGACGGUGUGUGAAGUGUCACAAUCCCCACGUCGAAGUAAAAAGCAACGACCUAUUUCGCAGAGCGUAGAGGAGAUCCACCAAAAAAUUAUAAAUCACAUUUCUAAUUUAAGUUAUAAUAAAAAAAUGAAUUUAGUAAAUCUCUCGGGACCGUCCGGAUAUGACAUUGCUAUUCAGGAGAUCACGCGACAAAAACGCAUGGAACUUUCCAAGGUGUUACGAGAUAUGUGUCACAAUAAAUUUAAGGAGACUGAGGAUAGCAGUCAAGUUAUUAAUGCUAUUAUUCCUGACUUUGAUAUUAAAAUCGAGGAGUUGCCGCGAGAAGUGGUGGAGCAGCUUAGUAGUACUCUGGAUGAGGAUGUUACAGAACGUGUCAGUAUGUGCAUCGAUCCAGAGUUGAUGUUUCAGCAGGCCGCCGAGAUGUUAAGUACUACGUUGGAUAUUGACAAAACCUGCGAAGAGGACAAUAAGACACAAGUAGAGGCUGAUUUUAAUUGCGUAACCUUUGCAAGUGAACAAAUUAGCGAUGAACCGAUAGUCGACAGAAUAGAAAAUAAGGAUUCAACGGAUAAUGCUGCACCUGACGAAUCAAUUAGCACACCAACCGUGCCCAAUAUUGAAAGUUGUCCACCACCAACAUUUACUUUCGAUAUUACCGAAUCAUUAGAAUUUGACAAUUCUGCAGUUACUGAAUCGAUUAACACUCCAAGUGUUCCGAAUAUUGAAAGUUGUCCACUGCCAACAUUUACUUUUGAUCUUCCUGAACCAUUAGAAUUUGGUAUUCCAUCACCGGUUGCCGCACCACCGCCCUCAUCACAAGAAACAGAUUACAUAGAAACACCUGUCACUGAAUUCGUUAAACCAGAGGCCGAGCUCUAUUCCCCUGGUCACGAGUCUUCAAAUUGCAGCUCUCCAGAACCUUGUACUCUAAAUUACGACGUCAUGAACAUGCCAGAGCCCGGUGACAUUCCCAUACCGCAAGAAGUGCAUACAUGCGCUCCCCCGCCAAACACAGAUCUUGCAGAAGAGACACAUACCGAAUCAGACGUGUUGGAUCUUAACAAUAGAGGCAAAAUAUCCUUUAACUUAAAUAAGCGCACUCUAUUGAAAAAUGAUGAAUUUACAGAAAACAAAUCGGUAAAAGAUGAGGAGGAAAAAUCUCAAGCGUCCGCUGUUGAAUCUCAAACGGAAGAAAAACUAGAAGCACCUAAAGUUGUCGAGAGCGAAAUUCCGAAGGAAGAUAAAGCAGAAAAGGUUAGAGAACGUAAAAGUCGAUCAAAAAACAAAGAAGCAAAAGCAAAAGAGACGAAAGAAGAGAAGAAGAUAGAGAAGGAAGGAUCACCACCGAAGAAAGUUCAUAAAGAUCGUAAGAACAAAAGUAAGACAAAGGAUGAGGAUGACGAGGAGAAGAGGAAACAGGAGAAGAAGACAAAGUUGAAGUAUGAAACUGAAGAACCACAUAAAAUAGAAAAAGAAGACAGAUCUGAGCGAAAACGAGAUAAAUAUAAUGUUACCGAGACCAGCAGGCUGUCUUAUGAUGAUGACUUAGAAAGGCGAAAGGAUAAAAAAAGUAAAAAUAAGUAUGAUGACGAGUAUUACAGUUCCAAGUACGAGCGUAGCAAAUUUGAUGUGUAUCAAGGUCAAGGUUAUGAUGAUGGGUACCGGAAACGGUACAGGGAGAGUCCUGUUGUUGAGGAUGAUAAACAUCGACGAACGGAGCAUGUCGAGAGGUAUCGUGAGGUAGAGCCUGAUCUAUAUCAUUAUUCGAAGUAUCCUGUUGAAAUCGAGGAGGGCAGGAACAGCAAAAGGUACUAUCACGAGAAAUCAGUUUACAGACAAGAAUACGAAUAUCCUUAUAACAAAUACGAUUACCCUUCUACGGAAUAUUAUCAGCGGCCAGAGAUGUAUCCCUCUGAAGAGUAUGAUCAAAAGGUCCACUAUUCUAAAACGCAUAAGAAUAAAUAUAAAAGGCAUUCUAAGAAACACAAAAGACAUCGAGAUCGUUCUUCAGAUUCUAACGUAAGCUCGUCUGGAUCAGAAAAGAAUUCCUCCACAUCAUCAUUUAAGACAAAUAAACAGACUUCCAAACAGUCUGAUUUGUACGACAGUUCAGAGGAGGGGAUGACUAAUAGGCUGCCAAAAACAUCGCUAAUGGAGCGGUUACAAGUAUUAUGUGACACUAAAUUAGGUGGUAUUAAAUUGGAACCGGUUUCUCCAAAUCCUAAUGACGAUGCGCGCAAGUGCUCAAAUGUAAAUAGUGAGGGUGACAAAUCGGGAAGUAAAAACAAUAGUGAUUCGCGUAAACAACCUACUCGUACUAGUGUUGAUAAACAACCGAGUGACAAGGGCGAUGAGACAACAAAGCAAAAAGAUAAUUCGUCUAGUAGAACAGUAGAAGAUACUUCAUCUGGCACAGCUAAUACAAAAAAUAGAUCUGAAAGUGAGGAUGAUCUGAAAAAUUCUUCCGAAGUGGAAAGUUCGGAAUCAAAAAAUUAUAAGCACCGUCCGUGGAAAAGUCCAGGUGAAAAAAAAUUCAUGAUGGAACAUCUCCAUCAAAACAACGCAAAUGAAGAUGGCGUGGAGGUCGAUGCAGAACAUGAUACUCCCACAAAUGAGGGGUUACUGAGCAAAGUUCUUACAGUUUCCGGGGAAGUCGAUUCUUUGUCAACGGAAAAGCCCGCACAAGUUUCCUGUGCAAAAAAUGUAGAGUUGCCAGUAGUAAUGCCCGUAGAAAAGGAAACAGUAUCAGAAAAACCUAAAAUAAUAGAUAAAAUAUUGGCGCACGCUGCUACGCAAACUAUUAUUGGUACAACUGAGCAUACCUACUCACAAACGGUGUUGGAUACUACGGAGAAAUUCACCCAAGCCACCUAUGAGGAAGAGAAGAAGAAAGUAUCCUCUUUUUCCACUCAAACGGUGGUUAGUACUGUAGCUGCAAGUACCCAAACUCCGAUUGCAAAAACUGUAGAGAAGGGGAAAUUAAUUCAAACAGACCACGUGAUUAUUGUUGAUGUGGCAGAAAAUGUAGAAGUAGACGAGAGCAUUCCAAAAACAUUGCGAUGUAAGCAGUUUAUCGAUCGCAUGUAUGAGAUUGACAAAGAGAUUGAUCGCCUCGUUAAGUUGCGCCAGAGUUUCUACCAUUUAUUUCUUAAUGUAAGUGAUCCAGAUCACGAAAUUAAAGACCUAAAAGGGAUUACUGAUAGUCCAAAAUCCAUUCCAAAGCUGCCAGACUCUAAGACAUCAAGGAGCACUCCAACGCCAAGUAUUCCCGAACGUAGCACUUCUAAAAAAAGAACCCCACACACGACCAGUGAUCGUAAAAAUACUCCCGAGCGCAGCUCAAGGUCUCACCACAAACAUACUUCUGCAGAUACCAAGACAAGUACGCCGGAACCGUCAAAGCAAAAAACGGCGCAGUCUCAUAGGGAAAGAUCGCGGAAAACAGACUCAAAACCAGUACACAUUUCUGAUAAGCAGAAAACGUCAAAAUCUCAAGAGAUUGCAAAAACGGAAAAGAAAGAAUCUGUAGAAAGGCUUGAGAAAAAGGAGACGGCUGCGUUACCAAGCGCAAAGGUCCAACACCAUGGAAGAGGUCGAUUGAAAAAAAGUGCACCUCAUGGGUCCAACGAGGAAAAAGUAAAACCGUCACGCGAAGAACCGUCACAUUUAGAUGAAAAGAAGCAAAAAGUUACAGUUUCGAAAGAAACUGGUCGAAAGAGGAAACUAAAAAAUGACGAAACUCCCGACAAAGAAGUGAAACGUUUAAAAAAAAUUGAAACAAGUGAAGAAAAUGUUGGUGACAAGGAAAGGCGAGCCAAAAAAGUUGAACCUGCUGAAGUUGCUCCGGCUGAGAAAGAAAAAUCGGAUGAAAUUUCUAAUAAGGAACAGAAACGUUCUAAGAAGUCAGAUCCAGUGGAAGCUACUCCAGUUGAAGAAACUCCGAAAGAAGCAAAACAUUCCAAAAAGUCGCCAGACACAAUUGAAACUUUCAGCGAGGAAGCUCCUAAUAAGGAAAAACGUUCCAAAAAGUCAGACACAGUUGAAAGUAAUUCAGUUGAAGAAAGUUCAAAUAAAGAAAAACGUUGCAAGAAAUCUGACACAGUUGAGGCUAGUUCAGUUGAGGACACUCCCGCUAAGGAAGCGAAACGUUUGAAGAAGCUCGAGGUGAUCGAAGCCAAUUCGGCUGAGAAGGAAAAAGUUGAGGACACUAAACGUUCCAGGAAAGUUGACGCUUCUGAAGUAGAAAAAGUGGAGGAUAAUGAAACUAAACGAUCGAAGAAAUCUGAUACGCUUGAAGCUAAUCCGAUUGUGACAGAGAGUGUUGACGAUAUUAAGCGUUCUAAGAAAUCUGAUGUGGUUGAACGUGGUAUUGUUGAAGAUAAACCUGACGAUGCUCCUAAUAAAGAGAUGAAACGGUCCAAGAAAUCUGAGGUUGUUGAAACUAUCGAACGGGAGAAAGAAAUAGAAGAAAUUCAGAAUAAGGAAAUCAAACUAUCUGAAGCAGUUGACGACGUUGAGAAAGCGACCACUCCUAGUGAAGACGUCGAACAGGAGACACACACUGAAAAAGAUACUAAACCUGAUGACUCUUUGGAUACUAAAACGUCUGAGAUGGAAGUGACAGACGGAGCGGUGGAAGAGGAAAAGAAGGACGCGGUUAUGGACAAUACUGAAGCAGAAGAAAAAACCGAGGUUGAAAGCAAAAUAAAUGGAAGCUUUAUGGGAGACAUCCCCGAUGUAAUGGACGAUACAAGGGAUGAAACAUUCGAAGAUAGGCCCAUUACUCCCGGUGCAACGCUCACGAGCUCGGACCUUGCUUCACCGCCAAAAAAGAAAAAAAGGCGCUUAAGCGGAAUGAUGGCCCAAUAUCGGAAGAAGAAGAAAAAAUCGAAAAAGUCUAAAAAGAAAGAUGAGAAACAUUUGGAUUCCAGACACGAGUCGCCAGAGCACAGUGCGAGAAACGUUGAAACCGUACGUGUAUCCGCACCCAGCAGUGUGAAGAUGAUAAGGUUUUCAAUUGAGCAAUUGGAAACAAUGAGGAACAGUAUACGUAGUAAACAUGUUCAGGAGCAACCACUAAGUGACGAUUCGUCUGUUUCAAAUGAGAAUCCUGCUGCAGAUGCUGAACACGAAGAGACUAGGGAGUUGAGUGAAGAAGCGGUAGAACCGACAGAGGAAAAUGCGUCUGAAACUGACGUGGUUGCAGAUGACACAAACACAUCUACCUCGUACUCAAUGGAGUUUAAAAACUUUACGGGUGCUAUUUUAGUUAUAAAGGUAAUUGAAAAUACAGUAUUAGCGGCAUCCGAUAAGGGUCAACUUCUCAGUUUCGAUAUGCUUAACGGAGAGUUGCUGCAAACGGUGGAGAUUUCAAGUGUGGCAGUUACAUCAAUCGUUUCUACAUGUCGUAAUGAUAUUACAACAAUUUACUUGGGCUCUCUAGAUACACGUGUGACAAUCUUUAAUUUCCAAACCAAAGAGAUCGUCAAACAGGAAACUGUCUCAGAGCCCGUUCAGUGUAUGGAGUAUUCGUGGAAUUUUAUCUUCAUCGGAUCAGAUCGAGGAACAUUGAUUCGAUUCGAUUUAGAUACGGAAACUGUGGUGGACCAAACGAAAAUAUCAAAUUUUAAUAUUCUAAUGAUGAAGGCUUCAACGGAGGGGCCGCGGAAAAUUUUAGUUGUUGCGACUCGUAACUCUCCCGUCAGCAUUCGUGACGCCCUCAGUGGUCUGUUAUUACGUACAAUGGAGACCUCUUUUUCGCCCACGGUCUAUACAUUAUUAAUCGACAAAAAUUUAAUAUAUUGUGGUACCAGUCAACACGAUAUUUUAGUUUAUACGUUCGAGGAUGGUCAUCUGGCACGGCAGCACGAAGCGACCAAAUCGAAAGGCGUGGUUUGCAUGCAAAUACUUGGCAAUCUCCUUUUUGCCGGUUGCUACAAUGGCAACAUUUAUGUAUAUAAUAUAAAAACGAACGCGUAUUUAGGUAUAAUGAGCGGACCCGGUGGUUUAAUGUUAUCUAUGGAAAUUGUUGACGAUAAGAUUAUCGUUGGAACAAAAUCAAGUAAUUUCAAGGCGUGGAAGAUACCUCCGGAAUAUUACGAGGAAAAGUGAACACACUGUAAAUAGGUGUUUAUUUAUAAUUGUAAAAUACUUGUAUAUAUAUAUUGUACACCUUGGUAUAAAUUGUGAUUAUAUGUAAAAACUAUCGAUAGAUUUAGUCUUUGGUAUACAAUAUUCGAUGUAAAAAAAUUUUAGACCAAUGUGAUUAAUUAUUACUUUUAUUUAUUAUUAACUUUUUAAGUUUAAUUGCUUGUAAAUAUUUGCAAUGUGAUCAUUGUUCAAAUCGAUUUAAUUUUUUUUAUCGCUCAUUAUUAAAACAUUUACCAUUUUCGUGCCUUUAUUGUGAGAAUUUGAUUUUAUAAUUUUCAAACACUUUUGACCAAACCUAUUUAGGAAUGAGAUGGUAUCAACUGCCGACCUUUAGCACCUUCUUUUUUUAUCAUAGAAUAAUUGCAUGUGUUCCAUGAUCAUUGUUAUUAGAGAAUAAUUGUACGGUAGACUGUUAAUUUCGUCGUUACGAACAAUGUUUAUUGUUGUUUUAAGUAGUGAAUUUUAAUUAAUGUAGCACUCGCAGUUUUAUAAUAAAAUUGUCAUUGAUCAGA